AUGAACACCUCAGCACCAGAGGCCAACGACGUCUUCUCCCUCUCAGACCAUCUUCUUGCAGAACGUCUUCAGUUCGUCAAAGAGAUUGGCUUCGGAAACUGGGGCAGCGUUUGGCUUUGCCGUCCCAAAUCCAGUUCCUCACCCAACAAGCAUAAGGAUGUCGAAGUAGCUGUUAAGCUCGUACACCGCUCCAAGACUAGCACAACGGCCGCACGCGUGCGUUCGCUAUGGAAUGAAAUGAAGAUCGUGCGCUCGUUCAAGGCCGACCCACAUCCCUCGAUCAUUCCAUUUCAUUCGUUCAUCAUCACCCCGUCAUAUGCGCUUAUCACGAUGGCAUAUCUACCAACCCUCGUUCCCGUCGAGGUUUCCGAACCACGAGCAAAAGAAUGGUUCCGCUCACUGUUGGGUGGUGUCCACUUCCUGCACGAGCGUGGGGUCGUGCAUAACGACAUCAAACCUGCCAACAUCUUGCUCUCCCACAAGAAUAUACCCGUAUUGGUCGAUUUCGGGUUCGCAGAGAAGUACGACCUGUCUUCCCCCAAAGCAUUCCAUAGUAAUUUGACAUACGGCACCCCUGAGUACCUUUCUCCAGAACGCGCUCGUGGUCUUCCCCAUGACACCCGAAAGUCUGAUAUCUGGUCACUCGGUGUCACUUUUUUCGAGAUAUUGGUUGGUCGCACGCCGUUUGAACAUGAAGAGGGCGAGCAAUUUGCAAGCAAAGCCGACUUGGAGAAGUACUGGGGCAGGACGAUGCGUGGCAAAUGGGUAGGCGCAUACACCAUUCCCAGGCCCGUGGAGAAGCUGCUCAAGCGCAUGAUUGUUCCCAAUGCUGAUUUGAGGUGUACGGCGAAACAGGCCAUGGCUGAUGUAUAUUGGCAGAUUGCAGGUGCAGUUCCGGACAAGCUUGUACAUAGCGAGUCA